AGUUGCGCUCGGCCACUUCCUUCGUGUGUGGACAAACUACAUGACGGGAUCUCCAGCUUUUUAUGGACAUUUUUUUUCUAACGGAGGGAAGGGGCCGAAAGACAAGAGGAGCGUUGUGGAUUGAUUUAUAACUUCAAAGAAAAAAAAAAUCGGUGAUUAGCGGAGAAGAGGAGGAGGAAGGAGGAAGGAUAUCGCUUGUAACGGCGGAGUAACACGCACAGCAUCGUCGUGAUCUGCCCGCUCAUAAUCAUCAUAUUAAUAAUAAUAACAAGGUCAAUGUGACCUUGGUGUGGAUUGAGUCUCCCUGUUCGACGUGAACAAAGAAAGCUAACAGACGCACUCGGGAGGAGAAGAAAAACAACAGGUUGCCAGGUUGUCCUUUUCUGAUCCCCUGCUUGAUUGAGCGCUCCUUCCAUCCACCGCGCGACACCUCCACCGAAUGGGAGUUUGCAUCGGAGCAAUGGGCGGGGUGGAGGUCCUGCUCCUGGUCUUCCUGUUCGGAUCGGAAACUUCACUGGCUCUCAAUUGGAACCCGGUGCCACGCAAGACCGUGCGAUAUCAGGAUUCGUUGGACAGCAUGGCCAAGUUUGGCAUCCAGGGAGUGUUCAACUACAGCAUGCUGACUCUGUCGGAGCACGAGAGAGUUUUGUACGUGGGCGCCCGCGAGGCGCUCUUUGCCUUGGACCCCAACGACAUCAGCAGGCAGCUCAGACCACAGAUUGACUGGCAAGCUCCGAUGGAUAAGAAGCGGGAGUGUGUCAUCAAGGGCAAGAGCAACCAGACUGAGUGCUUCAACUACAUCCGCUUCCUCCAGAGCUACAACCACACACACCUCUACACCUGUGGCACCUAUGCCUUCCAACCCAAAUGCACCUAUGUGAAUGCAGAUUAUUUCACUCUCAGCACAAGUCCCCUGGAAGAUGGGAAGGGUAAAUGUCCAUAUGACCCUGCCAAGGGCCACACUGGCAUAAUAGUUGACAAGGAGCUGUACUCCGCCACACUCAACAACUUCCUGGGAACUGAGCCAGUCAUACAAAGAAACCUGGGCCAACAGCACUACAGCAUGAAGACGGAAUACUUGCCUGCCUGGCUCAAUGAACCAGACUUCGUGGCUUCGGCCUUGGUUCGAGAAAGCGGCGGCAGUAAAGAAGGAGACGACGACAAAAUCUACUUCUUCUUUAGCGAGCGGGCGUUGGAGCUGGACUGUGACACUGAGGUCACCGUGGCCAGAGUGGCUCGCGUCUGCAAGGGUGACCUUGGUGGUUCUCGGACACUGCAAAAAAAAUGGACCACCUUCCAAAAAGCCCGGCUGGACUGCUCCCUACCUGAGCGUCACGUCUCCUUCAACAGCCUCCAAGCUGUCUUCACGCUGCCGGGACAGGACUGGAGGGGAACUACUUUCUUUGGCAUCUUCCAUGCUCAAUGGGGUGACGUGGACGUGUCGGCGGUGUGUCAGUACCAGAUCGCCGACGUGAAGAAGGUGUUCGAAGGAUCCUACAAGGAAUACAGGGAGGCGUCCCAGAGGUGGGGGCGCUACUCCGGGUCUGUCCCGAGCCCGCGGCCUGGAUCGUGCAUAACAAACUCGGACAGGGAGAGCGGCUACAACAGCUCUCUGCAGCUACCUGAUGCAACGCUCAACUUUGCCAAGAAGCACCCACUGAUGGAGGAUAAAGCGCUGGCUCGCCCUCUGCUUCUCACCAAAGGUGUCAACUUCACCCGGCUGGUGGUGGACCGAGUUACCGGCCUGGACCAAAGAGCGUACAAUGUCCUCUUCAUUGGCACAGGUACAAAUUGACUCAUAUUUUUUUAGCAGGGGUGGGCAAACUACAGCCCGUGGGCCACAUCCUGCUUGUUAGGUCCCUUUAAUCCGGCCCGCCACACUGCAAGAAGUCAAUGUUGUUUUAUAUUGUAGGAACCAGAAAUAUUAAUAACAAAGAAACAACCCUUUUGUGUGAAUGAGUGUAAAUGGGGGAGGGAGGUUUUUUGGGUUGGUGCACUAAUUAAA